CCCCCCCCCCCCCCCCCCCCCCCCCACCCCCCCCCCCCCCCCUCCCCCCCCCCCCCCCCCCCCCCCCUCUCUCUCUUGCUCCCCCUUCCUCCCACCCCCACCACCCCGACAGCCUUCGACGCCCCGGUUCCAGCCGGCGCCGCCUACAACAAUGACUUCGUCCCGGUUGCCACGCAGUCGGUGUCGGCCUACUCGACUGGCCAGUCGCCGCGGAUGCCGGACACGCCGAUGACCCCGGCGGCCGAGCCGGCCGCCCCGGCUGCCCCGGCGACCGAGGACAAGAAGAACACCUUCUCGGCCCCUUUCUACAAGAUCGAGUUCUACCAACAGUACUUCGAUGUGGACACGGCCGAUGUCGGGUCGCGCAUCCUGCACGCGCUUCUCCCCUACCGGCCAAACUUCCUGACCACCGUGGUCCCGCCCGGGGCGCUGGACCUGUACGGCCCCUUCUGGGUGUCGACCACGGUCAUCUUCGUCCUCUUUGCCAUCGGUAAUCUGGCGCACUCGAUCAAGGCCUUCGCCGAUCCGAACUACGAGUUUGUGCCCGACUUCACCACCCUCCCCUGGGCCGCCACCACCAUCUACCUGUACAUCCUGCUGGUGCCGCUGGCCGUGUGGGGCAUCUUCCGCUACUUCGAUACCAAGCUCUCGCUGGUCCGGUUGUACUCGCUCAUUGGCUACGGCCUCUCGGUUUUCAUCCCGAUUUCUAUCAUUUGUGUCCUCCCCUGGGAGAUCGUCAAGUGGGUCUGCACUGGCGUCCUCUUCCUCAUCACUACCCUGUUCAUGACCUCCAACAUCUGGGUUGCCGCUUCGGCGGCCGGCGCACGGUCUACCAUCCUUCUGUCGGUGUGCGGUGGGCUGGCUGCCAUCAACGCCGGCAUCGCGCUGCUUUUCAAGUUCGUCUUCUUCACCUACAAGUCGGUGAUUGUCGCCCCCUGAGACCGUGUUGGUGGCCUGGCUGCCACACCACUGCGCAAGUCGGCGGUCUGUGGUCUUCCUUCCGGUCCCCGUAUCUUCGCCUCUCUCUCCCUCCCCUCACCAGGGUAUGCUCGUCGUACGGGGGAUGCGGGAGGACCGGCGGCUCCUCAUGCACAUUGCGCUCGAAAAAAAAAAAAACAAACACCCAACUCAAUAAAAUCUUCCCAAACAAA